UUCUGCUUCAGAACAUGAAUAACACUUGGGUAGCACUACAGCCCAGGUUUAAUUUGAACCAGAGAUGAUCAGAUCUUUCAUCCAAACAACUUCAAAGGGAGACUCACGUGAAACUGCUGAAGACAAAUAUACCAGACAAUUUCCUUCUAUUUAUGUAGCAUUUGCUCCAGACGAUGGCUUCACAGCCCACUACAGUUCAAGAAUAGGCAACUUGUAUCUCUAACAAGGGAUGAUGGGAGGUGCGGUCCAACAACAUCUGGAGGACAACAGGUUGCUCACUCUUGCUCUAACUCUUUCAGCCAGGAUAAGAUUUUAAGAAUUAAGAUAUCAGAAAAAGCAAUGAGAAGUUCUUACAGCAAGGCAAAGUACUUAAAUAAAUGGAGAAAAUAACAUCGGAGGAUGUGCAGAGUUCCUUCACCUUAUCCAAAGCCCUGUGCUUUUUCAGGCUUUUUCUGUUUACAUAUAAGGAUGUUCCAGACAGUUCCAGACACUUCGUCUUACGUCAAGGUAAGACAUGACAGCAUCUUUAAACAGGAGGCUCUCUCAGUGGUGAGUGAAGACCAGUCCCUCUUCGAUUCCACCUACGGAGCUGCUGCUCACCUCCCCAAAGCAGACAUGACAGCCUCAGGGAACCCUGACUAUGGGCAACCGCACAAAAUCAACCCUUUACCUCCCCAGCAGGAGUGGAUCAAUCAGCCUGUCCGAGUCAACGUUAAGAGAGAAUAUGAUCAUAUGAAUGGAUCCAGGGAGUCCCCAGUGGAUUGCAGUGUUAGCAAAUGCAACAAACUGGUUCCUGCUGGGACAGAAUCCAACCCCUUGAACUAUGGCACCUACAUGGAUGAAAAGAAUGGUCCUCCUCCCCCCAACAUGACAACCAAUGAGAGGAGAGUCAUUGUUCCAGCAGACCCUACAUUAUGGACCCAGGACCAUGUACGCCAGUGGCUGGAGUGGGCUAUAAAAGAGUAUGGUCUAAUGGAGAUUGACACCAGUCUCUUCCAAAAUAUGGAUGGCAAAGAACUGUGCAAGAUGAACAAAGACGAUUUCCUCCGGACCACUUCCCUCUACAACACAGAAGUUCUGCUGUCUCACCUCAGUUACCUCAGGGAAAGUAGCUCAUUGCUGUCUUACAAUACAACAGCCCAUACAGAGCCAUCCUCUCGACUCAGUGCCAAAGAAGAUGCCUCAUACGAUGCAGUUAGGAGGCCUGGAUGGGGCAAUAACAUGAAUUCCAGCCACAACAAAAGCCCUCCUUUGGGAGGGACACAAAACGUGAGCAAAAAUGUAGAGCAGCAGCGAGCUCAGCCAGAUCCCUACCAGAUUUUAGGGCCCACCAGUAGUCGGUUAGCUAACCCAGGGAGUGGGCAAAUCCAGCUAUGGCAGUUUCUGCUUGAGUUGCUAUCAGACAGCUCCAAUGCCAGCUGCAUCACAUGGGAAGGAACCAAUGGGGAGUUCAAGAUGACAGACCCAGAUGAGGUGGCCAAGCGCUGGGGAGAACGCAAAAGCAAGCCCAACAUGAAUUACGAUAAGCUGAGCCGAGCACUCCGAUAUUACUAUGACAAGAACAUUAUGACCAAAGUCCAUGGCAAGAGGUAUGCGUAUAAAUUUGACUUUCAUGGCAUUGCCCAGGCUCUUCAGCCUCACCCGACUGAGUCGUCAAUGUACAAAUAUCCAUCAGAUCUUUCGUAUAUGCCUUCGUACCACACGCACCAGCAGAAAGUGAACUUUGUGCCUCCACAUCCUUCCUCCAUGCCUGUCACCUCCUCCAGUUUCUUUGGAGCCGCGUCGCCUUAUUGGACUUCCCCUACAGGAAGCAUUUACCCCAAUCCCAAUGUACCACGCCAUGCCAAUUCCCACAUGCCAUCGCACCUGGGCAGCUACUACUAGAUGCUUUUCACCUUUGGUGGCCUUUCUCGUUCUGACUGGAUGUUUUCUUCCAUUCAUGGAUAUCUCUGGACUUGUGAUGGACAUUCGCUGUUUAGUCAGGAAGAAAGCUAAAAACUGGAUAUUAUUAUUAUUAUUAAUAUUUUAUUAUAAAUAUUAUUGGAGAAAACCUUUUUUAUUUUUGUAGUUCUGCUUCUUCUUCUCUCAGAUGGGCAGAUGGAUUCUCCGAUGGGCCAGUAUUAUAUGUUUGGUUUGGUUCUAAUCCUUAUAUGCUCUAUGGGGCUCAGUCCAACAUUUCACUCCAGUUCUUAGACAUAGCAUUGUCAAAUCCAAGGCUUUUUGGAAGGAAACGAAAGACCAAGACCUCUGGGUCUUAGAAGAUAAAUGUUUGCUUAUUUGUUUGUUCCAUAUCUAAUGACAAUGAUAGCUCCCCCCCCCCAUAGUUUUUUUUGGGGGGGAGAGUAACAGAAAGCUCAGAAAUUAUGAGGACCUUGUUUUGAUAUACCAACUGGAAUCUUAGCUUUGAAACCAAUGGAGGCUUGUCUUUUUUUCUCCCAGCUGGAAAAAAUAAAUAAAUGAAUAUAUAUUCCUAUACAUAAAUAUGUAUAUUUUAGGGUAAUUAAGGGCAUUGAAAGGACCUUUUCAGAAUAUGCAUUGUGUUACAUGGUUUUGUUGUAAUCUGCAGAAACAUUCAAGACAAGGAAAAAAUUGUAAUGCAUCAAAGACAGAUAUUCUUAUGAAUGCAAAGGGGAAUUAAUAUAAAUGACUGCAGUUUCUCAGUUUUUUCCAGAUCUUGGGGAGCUGCAAAAUCAUAACCGAUUCACGAACGCUGUGCGUUUGUCAGACCGUUACUCAGAGGGUCAACGAAGUCAGAGGGCAACUUACUGUAUAAAUUAUGCAGAGUUAUGUUUUUACCUAUAUCUCGCAGUAUUGAAAUUUUAAAAAAAGAAAGAUAAAACCUAAAACGAGUUGACCUCGGUCACAAAUGCAGUUGUUGUUUUUUUACUACCAAAUCCAUUGUUUGUUUGUUGUUGUUGUUUUUUUAAAAUGUAAUUUGUACAUCUUUUUAAUCUGUACAUUUGGGGUACAGCUUUGUAAUUUGUUUUGCUAAAAAUAAACUUAAACAAAAGAAAA